AUGGCAGAGACAUCAAGAGCGUCACUCCCAUCAGCGAACGGAGGGCGAACUACAGCCAACUGGCACGACCAUAUGGUUACUGCGCUGAAGCCGGACAUGCCCGAGGCCCCGGCCGUGCGGCUGGUGUGGUGUGGUGACAUCAGCGGGGAGGUGGGCGUCAUGGGCUCCUGGGACGGGUGGAGCAAAGUCUGGAAACUCAACAGGAGUGGGAAUGGUGAGUACAGCGUGGCGCUGAAGAUCCCAUGCGGGCAACACGAGUACAAAUUCCGGGUCAACAACACCUGGUUCCACGAUGAAACCAAGCCGACGGUGUUCAACUCGUUUGGGACCCUGAACAAUCUGGUCAACGUCGUGAAGGCUUCCAAUGGUAAUGGUCCGACCAAAUCCGGCACCAAUGGGACUCCAGAGAAGGCAGUCCCAAACGGAAAGAACGGACCGGCUAUUCAAGCAUCCGAGGCGAUUCUUCUGAACAAGACGGCCAAAGAAAUCUACGAACACAAGACGACUACCGCUUCCACCAACGUCGCAACGCCCAAAAUCCAGGAGGUCCUCAAGCCUGAACCAGCCAGUGAAUUGAAUCAGAAUGCUAAGCCUACGAGCAAUGGUCACAGCGAUCAGGCUAACGGGAAAGCAGAUUUCUCGGGUGUAGAGCCCCAGUCCAAGCCGGUUGAUGUCCCUGAGCGAAUGCAAGAAAAGUUACGACCUCAAAAGACCACUUCCUAUCGGGUUCCUCCUGCAGUCCCACCUAAACCUGCAAAAGAGACCAUAGCCACUGCUCUCAAUCCAGAGCCGCGACCCUUGAUCAAAAAUGUUUCUGGUGUGGAGUCCGUGCAACAGACGUGCCCAAUGUCGAAGAGCACUGUAAACCGAGUUCCCCCGACAGUUCCACCCAAAGCUGCUAAAGAGGCGACAGCCACUGCUCCAGGUGCAGGCAAUCAAGAACCUCGACCCAUGACCAAAGUGGCAGACAAAGAUGUCUCUGGCGUGGAACGCUUGCAACAGUCGAAGACGGCCACCUCUCGAGUUCCUCCUCACACAGCCCCACACAAAGCGACAACCACAGCUCCUCCUAGCAUGAGAGCUCGCCCAGAAGUCCCACAGAAACGUGUAAGAGACAAGACAGGAAAGCCCGUAGCUGGAACCGCUGGAGGGGCGGUUAGGAAGCCUGAAACAGCACCGCCGAAGACGAGGGCAACCAUUGACAAACCUCCUAUGACAAAGCCCAAGCCCGUCCAGAAACGCGUGGCCACGGCACAGGCUACAGCCAAGACGGCGGCUAAAACUGUGGACGACAAGGUCUCAUCCCAAAAUGGCCAGGCAGAAACUCGUGCUCAAAGGUCACGAUUCAAAAUGGCGGACAGGCCAGAGCAAUUCAGCCCUCUAGCGGCCGCAGGGUCAAGUGCAGCUGUCAAGACUGGAGUAACGGACAGCGUUCCUGUGCAGUUUGUGCUGAAUUCGAAAGGGAAGACCAGCGGUGAUGUGGUUGUUCUGGGGUCGUGGGACGAUUGGAGCCGAGCCACAAAACUGGACAAGAAAGAGGACACACUGGAAACGAGUCUUGACCUGCCUUGUGGACCCUACGAAUAUAAAUACAAGAUUGGCAAGACGUGGUUUUGUGACACAACAAAGCCAGUCGUGCCAAACGUUUUUGGAACGCUCAACAACUACCUUCAGGUAGUCAAAGCAACGGAAGGUGCCUCCGCUACUACCGAUCAAGGUACGAACGUGGUCACUCAGCUCGAUGUUGAAACCCUGCAGCAGGCUCUUGCCAAAGUGUCGGAGGAGAAAGAAUCGAGCGAGGACAGGGUUGAGGAAGUAGAGCAGGCUGACUCUGGAAAAGAAGAUGUCGAAGUUUCGUCGGUAGACGUUGAAGGAAAGACAGCGGAUGAGACGGACACUGGCUCUACACGGCAAGAAUUCAUCAUACAAGACUCAUUGAUGAGUAUCUGUAUGACGCCAGAAAUGCCUCCAUUCACUUCAAAACAGACCUCCCAUGGAGACAAGGGUCCUGAGAAAACCGAUUCACGGCAACCACGUAGAGAUGAGCCUGUGACCUGUAUCUGUAGAACACCGGAAAUACCUCCAAUCAGACCGACUCUUCAGGAGACAGCAUCAGAAGACCUCAGUGGGCUAGCAGACGUGGCCACUGUUGAUUCAGAAGCAACAUCGCAAGUUCAAACAGCUUCAGAAGUUGCUGAAGAUGUCAAUGAACAGCCAAAGGAAAAGGACUCAUCUAAAAGUUCGGCAGAACAGGAAUCAGCGACUGAAGAUGUCCGAGAAGAUAGAAAGGAGUUAGUUGUCGAAUCAGAGGUUGAAUCAGGGGAGCAACCUGUCGCAAGAAAACCAGAAGAAACGGAAGCAAAAUCUGAGGAAAAAGAGAGGAUUGCACAUGGCACAGCUGAGAAGUCGGAUGGUGGUUCUUCCACAGAAACACAGAUACAAGCCACAGCCGUUUCGGUCUCAGAAACGGCAGAUCAGACAGUUGGAGAAACUGUGUCCGAAGGGUCUGAAGAGACGGUCUCAACGGAAGUUCCACCACAGACCGAGUCAGAGGAACAGGCUGUUCCAGAUGCAUCAGAGAGAACAGAGAGCCCGACCGAAGUGCCCUCACUCAAGGACACCCUGGAAAAGGCUGUCGCGGACUUACACACCAAGACAGAAGACAAAACGCCAUCAGUAACAACAAAUUUGUCUGAAACAGUUGCCCCAGGUGUGGAAAAGGAAUCUAAAGAAGCGCCUGUCCAAGAUAACGCCAAGAGAGCAGAAAACAAGGCGGCCACAGAAUCAGCAAUAGAAGUCAAGUCGGCAACAGAAGUCUCAGAAGAAAAGGACCUGACAUCAGAUGAAAGAGUUCAAGAAGAGGUCACCCCAAAGGAGAAAGCACAAGAUGAGGGUGAUCUCAAACCAGCACCAACACCAAAAACUUUAGAGCAGCCUUCAGGAGAUCAAACUACAGUAGCGGAAAGUUUAUCAGAGGGCGAAAAAGUUUAUAAGCCUAUAGAACAGCCUGUCCCGGACGUUGUGAAAGAGGCAGACACAGGACAUGUUUCUACCGAAACACCAGCACAAGAAGAGCAAGUUGAAGAUGUUGCCAGGGACAUGGACGAGAAGAAAGAUCAGAAUGCAUCCAAAAAAGUAGCAUCUGAGAAUGAACCAUCAGAUGGGCCUAGUCUGGAUAAUGUUGAUAAGGCGGCAAUACCAGAAGAAACAUUUGACUCGGUUGCCUUAGACACCGUGGUGCAGUCGGUAAAUGAAGAAGUUCUUCAGGCUGCCCCAAUUUUGAAUGAGAAGUCUGGAGACGAUAUUACACCUGACGAAACAAUUCAAAUCUCAGUGCAACACACAGUUGCUGCACCAGAAGAGAAAGAUGCAACAGAAGUUCAACCGCAAGAGAAAACAGACGAAGAAGCCCCGACAGAUCUGGACAAUGCCAUCACAACAGAAGUUCCAACACAAGACGAAACGAUUGAGGAGGUCACAACAAAAGAAGCACCUUCCUCCGAAACACCAAGACCUGGGGAUACAACUGUUAUAGACACGUCUGAGGGGUUACCUGACAAAACUGACAUAUCACCACCAGAGGAGGCUGUUGGAAAGGUUGCCCCAGACACGGCUGUAACACCGUGCGACACUGACCAGACUGAAGCACCACUGGCAUUGCCAACUGAAAUACAAGGCACUGAUACGAAAGAGAUUACCACAGAUACAAUCAUGGUAGAAUUAGAAACUACUGAGAAGAAUGAUCCAGGCGAAGUUGAGAAGGCAAAGGGUAAGACAUUCACCGAAGAACCAACAUCAGAAGAACCACCUGCGACAAUUGCAAUGGAAAGCGUUAAGAAGACGUAUGCUCAGGUAGUCAAGGAAAGUUUGCCGCCAACUGAUGUGGUAGAGAAAAAUACAGAAGACACUGUAGAAGAAAAGACGGUUGUUGAAACAAUUCUGACAGACAAAAUAGUUGAGGUACAGGUGGAGGCUUUAAAGCAAGAAAUUCCCACUGAAACACCACCAGAGGAAACAGUAUCAUGUGCACAGCAAGUGGAAAUAACAAAAGAGGAAAUACACACUGGAAUAUCAUCAAAAGAUAAUACAGUCCAGGAGCUAGUGAUACAAAAGGUGGAAUCGGCAAAAGAGGAAAUACACAUUGAAACAUCUCCAGAAGACAAGACAGUUGAAAAAACAGAGCCAGAAAAAGUGGCAAAAGAAGAGAUACCUACUGGAAAACCACCAAUAGACAAAACAAUUGAGGAACUAAAAGUGGAAUUUUCGAAAGAGGAGGAAAUUCACACUGAAACACAACCUGCAGACCACACAAUUGCAGAGGCGGUGUCCGAAGAACUGUUGGUGUCAAAAGUGGAAAUUUACAUCGAAGAGCCAGCAGCAAAGAAAACAGUUGUAGAGACAGUGCAGCAAAAAGUGUCAAUUCACACGGAAACAACAGCAGAGGACAAACCAGCCGAACAGACUGUUCAAGAAAAAGUAGAGAAAAUUGACACCGAAGCACAGCAGACAGACAAAACAGUUGAAGAGGCAGUCCAACCACAAAAAGCGGAAAUACCAAAAGAGGACAUUCUGAUUGCAACUCCCCUAGAAUCCAAAACAGUUGAGGAGAGGGUACCACAAAAAGAGACAGAGUCAGAAGAGGAAAUUCAGAUUAAAGCAACGCUAGACGAAGACAAAACAGUUGAAGAGGUAGUGCCAAAAGUUGAAAUGCCAAAAGAGGAAAUUCAGGUUGAAAUAGCUCCAGACCACAAAACAGUCAAGGAAAUUGUACCACAAAACGUGGAAGUGUCAAAAGAGGAAAUCCACACUGACUCGACACCCAAAGUCAAAACGGCUGAGGAUGCAGUACAACCACAAGAUGCGGAAAGGCCAAAAGAAGAACUUCACAUUGAAGCUCCACCAGAGGACAAAAAGGUUGAGGAGGUAGCUUCACAAAAAGUGGAAGUGUCAAAAGAGGAAACUCACAUUGAAACACCACCAGAAGACAAAGCAGUUGUGGAAGAAGCGCCACAAAAAGUGGAAGUGUCCAAAGAGGAAACUCACAUUGAAACACCACCAGAAGACAAAAUAAUGGAGGAGGCAGCGUCACAAAAAGUGGAAGUGGCAAUAGAGGAAACUCACAUCGAAACACCACCAGAAGACGAAGCCGUUGAGGAGGCAGCGUCACAAAAAGUGGAAGUGUCAAAAGAGGACUCUCACACCGAAACACCACCAGAAGACAAAAAUGUUGAGGAAACAACGUCACAAAAAGUGGAAGUGUCAAAAGAGGAAACUGACAGUGAAACACCACCAGAAGACAAAACAGUUGAGGAGGCAACGCCACAAAAUGUGGAAGUGUCAAAAGAGGAAAUUAACAUUGCAACACCACCAGAGGACAAAAAGGUUGAGGAGGCAGUGUCACAAAAAGUGGAAGUGUCAAAAGAGGAACCUCACAUUGAAACACCAUCAGAAGGCAAAACAGUUGAGGAGACAGUACCAGAAAAAUUGGACUUGUCAAAAGAGGAAAUUCACAUCGAAACACCACCAGAAGACAACGUUGAGGAGACAGUGUCACAAAAAGUGGAAGGGUCAAAAGAGGAAAUUCACAUUGAAACACCACCAGAAGACAACGUUGAGGAGGCACCGUCACAAAGAGUGGAAGUAUCAAAAGAUGAAAUUCACAUUGAAACACCACCAGAAGACAAAACAGUUGAGGAAACAGCGUCACAGAAAGUGGAAGUGGCAAAAGAGGAAAUUCAGAUGGAAACACCACCAGAAGACAAAAAUGUUGAGGAGGCAGCGUCACAAAAAGUGGAAGGGUCAAAAGAGGAAAUUCACAUUAAGACACCGCCAGAAGACAAAACCGUUGAGGAAACAACGUCACAAAAAGUGGAAGUAUCAAAAGAGGAAAUUCACGUUGAAACACCACCAGAGGACAAACAGGUUGAAGAGACAGCGUCACAGAAACUGGAAGGGGCAAAAGAGGAAACUCAGGUGGAAACACCACCAGAAGACAACUUUGAGGAGGCAGCGCCACAAAAAGUGGCAAAAGAAGACAUUCACAUUAAAACGCCACCACAAGACAAAACAGUUAAGGAGGCAGCGUCACAAAAAGUGGAAGUGUCAAAAGAGGACACUCACAUUGAAACACCACCAGAAGACAAAGCAGUUGAGGAGGCAGCGUCACAAAAAGUGGAAGGGUCAAAAGAGGAAAAUCACGUUGAAACAUUACCGACAGACACUACCACAACGACUGAGGAGGCAGUACAACAAAAGGUUGAACUGUUAAAAGAGGAAAUUCACAUAGAAACAGAACAAGAAGAGAAACCUGUCGAGGAACCUGUGCCACAACAAGAAGUUCAACCAAAAGAAGAAAUCCACACAGAAACACCGCCAAAAGACACGACAGUUGAAAAAACAGUACCACAAAAAGUGGAGGUGUCUGAAAAGGACAUUCACACCGAAAUACCACCAGAGGACAAAAUUGUCAAGCAAAUUGCAACAACCCACAAAGUGGAGCCAUGCUACAAGACAAUUCACGAAAUAUUGACAGAAGAUACGACAGAGAGGAUCCCGUUGUUUGAAUAUACCCAGUUCAGACUGGUGCAUAAGGAGGAGACCAGGGGUGAUGUGUUUGUACAAGGUUCCUGGGACGGAUGGAAGGAGUCAUUCAAACUGAACAAGGGUGAAGACGCAGUGUACACUGUGUCCGUCAUGUUACCAUACGGGCUACACGAGUAUAAGUACCGAGUGGGGAACAGUUGGAUUCACGACGAAAAGAAGCCAUCACUUUGUAACGCCUUUGGGACAAUAAAUAACGUACUGAAAGUGCCAGCAGAGGGUGGAGUGAAGGGUUCCAUAGACAUGACGGCUGAGGAGGGGGCAGAGUUGGAGGAGAGUAAGCGGGUGAGGUUGGGCUGGACGGGGGAGGCGAGGGGAGACGUGUUCGUGUCAGGCUCGUGGGACGGAUGGACACGGUCCUGGAAACUUAAAAAGAGCAGUGAGAAUGAGUACGGUGUAUUCCUGAACUUGCCCUGUCGUCAGCACCAGUAUAAACUCCGUACCGGGAACACCUGGUUCUACGACAAGACUAAGCCGAUUGUUUCCAACAGUUUCGGGACGUUCAACAACUCUAUUGACAUCGCCGCGACGCCCGCGAAAAUGGCGAAACCUUGGGGCAAGAGAACCCUGACGGACUACUAG